AUGUCUAGCGAGUCACUGGACAGAUCUGUGUCAGCGCAGACGGCGCCCGCGGUGGCACCCCUGAAAAGUAAUGACAUAGCUGCGGUCCCCGAGGACAGCAGGAGACGAUAUUCUGUGUCGGGGCGGAAACACGUGAAGAGAACCGUUACGACGCCUGGCCGUUUCCAGACUGAAAUCAAAAUAGACGAACGGCUGAUCAAAAAGUACCCCACCGUGAAGUCCGAAGCCAGCUGGUUCUACAGGUUUGUGGCUUUCAUGAAGGAGAUCAAGCACUUCAUGUUUGACGACGUGCUUGACUUCAUUGAUGGUUGCUACGCCCGUUUCUGGAAGUGGUCUGUGAUGGUGUGUUUGAUGCAAAAAUAUGACGCAAACAAAGACAGAAGGUAUGUCGGCACUCUGCUGCAGGUAAUCAAGCUGCUCCUAAACACCAGAACAGUUAUCUUUCUUCCUCUGUUUCCUGUUGGAAUCGUGCUCUAUGCCAAGAAGUCGGACAUUGGCGCAGUUGUCACGUUGGUGCUGGCCCUCAUGUAUUUUGCCAAAAUUCUGUCGAACGUUACCGAGCACGCAGAACACCAUGUGGGGCCAGCCUUGGGUGCGCUGUUGAACGCCACCUUCGGAAACCUUGUGGAGCUGAUCAUUUCCGGAACCACUGUGUCGAAAGACGACGCCACGUUGACCAUUACUUCGCUGGUGGGAUCGAUCAUCUCGAACAACCUGCUUGUCAUUGGCUCUUGCUUCUUCUUUGGCGGCUUGGAGGGCAUGCAGUUUGCCAGCUCUGCAGUGAAGGGAAUCGCCAACCACAUGUUUUUCUUGGCGUGCAUCACGGUGAUAUUAUCCAUGAUGUCUGUGAUUUCGGUGAUUGACCCGGGCAAGAGCAUCGAGUUCAAGAUGAAUACAUCCCAGAUCGGCGCCGCGUUCAUCUUCGUUGUGUACGCCACUUAUCUGGUGGUUUCCACAAACGAGGAGUUCAAGUCGAUGAAGAAAAUAAAAAUGAAGAGCAAGCAGGAAAAAGAGGCCCUGGAGAGCCAGCCAGUGGACACCGACUCAGAGCUAGACAGCGACUCCGAAAGCGACUCUGAUACUGACGACGAAGAAGAUAUUUUCCCGCUGAGAGUCUGCUUUAUUGCAUUGCUCGUUUCGGUGGCAGGGCUGGGCCCCACGUCGAACUUUUUCGUCGAGGCUCUGAAAACACUCACCGACGAUAAACCAAUAUCCAAGGUGUUUAUCGGUAUGGUGAUUCUCCCCUUGGCAGGCUCGCUUCCAGAACACAUCUCAUCCCUAAUCAGCGCCCACCACAACAAUAUGGCACUGUCCGUCUCGCUGGCAAUAGGCUCCUCAAACCAGGUGCUUGGCAUGGUUCUUCCAAUCAUCCAGUUCAUCUCGUCCCACUACCCGUCGACCGGCUUUUCGCUCUACAUCGAGCCCUACGUGGCCGCGUACAUCUUUUGCAGCUCUGUGGUGUGCAUUUCGUCCCUGGUUCACGGGCUGAUCUACGGUGUAAACGUGCUCCAUGGAGUUUUGCUGCUUGCCACGUACGGAUGCAUUGUCUACUUGACGUUUGCACAGAGUUGA